AUGAUGGGGAGAGCGGCCCGUCUGUUGACCCUCAUGAGGCCCGUGGCACUUAUCCCGUCCGCCUUCCUGGUUGCCGCGGGCGCCGACACUCGCAGCGUCGUCUUCGUCAAGCGUGACGCGACCACCCUUCUCUCCGAGCUCAACGACCGCGCCGAUCCUUCGUCGACGGCCUUUCUGAAGUGGAUGACUAAGGAUGAGGUCGCCGCAGUGCUUCGACCCAACCCCGCGCACCUCGAGCACGUCAUCCUGGAGGCGACGCGCCACGGCGCCUCGUCUGUCUCCGUCGUUGGUGGAGACAAGGUGGAGGUGUUCUUCCCAGCGGAAGCGUCGUCGGCGGCGUACCACGAGUCUAUGACGCGCGCGGCUCACGCCGUGGAUUUUGUCGUGUCUUCCGGGGUGUCCGUGUCCUCCGGGGCGUCCGCGGCGGCGGCGUUCUCUCUCAGCACAGCCCCUCGCGGCAGCCGCAGCCACAGGCGCAAGGUCAACAGCACCACCGCCGCCGCUGCCUUCAGAAUGCAGCUCCAGCGAUCCCCAGGCGUGCCUGGCGAGCAUCGAUGGCGUGACCGGCAGCUGCAUCCUCAAGGCGUACGGCCUGGACGGCUUUGGCCUUGGCGCUGGCGGCGGCGGCCAGGCGUUCGUGGUGAACCAGGGGUUCGUGCCCCAUGA